UUUCCGCCAGUAUUGUUUCCAGGAUUGAAGGAAGACAAGUCGCUGAAGACAGUGUUUGGGAACUGGAAGCUAUUAGCCCGAAUUCUCAAAGCUUCAUUAUGUGGUGUUACCUCGCUCCACCAAGGCUCGAGCGGUGGUGGUGCACAUACCAACUCUCUUAAGUGGAGUGUCCACCAAAUCACCCCAGGAUCGAUAGCGUGGGCAGCAGUUAUUGCCAUAUUUCUACUUUCACCGGACACCGAGUUCUCAGGCUCUGGCCUUGGGAAGAAGUUGAAUAUCAGCUACAAAAAUCUCUUCUACAACUACAAGAAAGUUCUCAUUGCAAAAUGGGCCACGAGGCACAUCCUAUCAAUUGUCGCUAAUAUCAACAACUAUGUUUUCAAGGCCGCAAAAGGACCCGCCUUCGAUUCAGCCGAACAAGAGGAUCAUACGGACGCCAUUGAUCGUGCACUAGCAGCACUGGACAUGGAUAGCGAUUCGGAUGAC